AUGCGCAAGGUGUUAGUGACUCUGCCAAGGACUCAGGUAUUCUUGGAGCAGUUGCGAAGAAACUUAAGAGCAAGCGGUUUGGGAUUCCUCCCUCACCUGCUGGUCUCUCACGUCGCGCUACUUGCCCUGCCGGAUACUAUUUCGACAAUGGGUGUCAA